GCUGCUUCUGUCACUGCAGCAACAUAAAGUAGCUUUUAGCAUAGCGGGCUAACGUGUUUCCCAGCGUGUUUGAACCUUUUACCACAGGAUAAUAAAGCUAUGCAAACGUUUGAAAUGUACGAAAGAUGAAGCCGGAACAUCCAGGGGAAUGAUUUUCACCUGGAUUGCCUCUAAAGAGGAGGACAAGCUAACGUAAAAAACCCGGAAGUGUUGUUGAAGCUCCCAGCAGCCGAAGACACAAUGAGUGCCAAAUAUGGCCUGGUGGGCUACAACAGUUCACGGAAGCACAUUUCCAUCUCCAUCCCUUCAUCCACGGAGGUGAUGUCACCCCACAUAAAGUCUGUGGAGGAGCUGAGAGUCCUGGGAAUCAAUUUGAGCAGCUUUAGUGCUCCCACACAGUUCUUCAUCUGCGUGGCUGGAGUCUUCCUCUUUUACCUCGUCUACGGCUACCUGCAGGAGUUGAUAUUUUCUGUGGAAGGAUUUAAACCUUUUGGUUGGUACCUCACAUUGAUCCAGUUUGGGUUUUACUCCAUGUUUGGACUAGUGGAACUGCAACUCACACAGGACAAACGCAGGAGGAUCCCAGGAAAGACUUAUAUGAUAAUAGCAUUUCUAACAGUGGGCACCAUGGGCCUGUCCAAUACCUCGCUGGGCUACUUGAACUACCCUACACAGGUUAUCUUCAAGUGCUGUAAACUCAUCCCUGUCAUGAUUGGAGGAGUGUUUAUACAAGGUAAGCGCUAUAAUGUCGCUGAUGUAUCUGCUGCUCUCUGCAUGAGUCUGGGACUUAUCUGGUUUACGCUAGCUGACAGCAAAGUGGCCCCCAACUUCAACUUAACAGGUGUUCUCCUCAUCUCUCUGGCGUUGUGUGCAGACGCCGCCAUUGGAAACGUGCAGGAGAAAGCUAUGAAACUCCAUAAUGGCUCUAACUCUGAAAUGGUGCUGUACUCAUACUCAAUUGGCUUUGUCUACAUCCUGACAGGCCUGCUCUGUGUGGGUGGGUUAGGGCCUGCAGUAGCAUUCUGCUCAGAGCAUCCUGUGAAAACAUACGGUUAUGCAUUCUUCUUCUCGCUUACGGGUUAUUUUGGCAUCUCCUUCGUACUCGCCUUGAUUAAAUUGUUUGGCGCCCUGGUUGCAGUUACAGUGACCACUGGGCGAAAGGCCAUGACUAUCGUACUUUCCUUCAUGUUCUUCACGAAACCUUUCACUUUUCAGUAUAUUUGGGGUGGCCUUCUGGUGCUGUUCGGCAUCUUCUUGAAUGUUUACAGUAAAAACAAAGACAAAAUGAAGCUUCCUUCCAUCAAGGACCUCACGAGCUGGCUGCUAACAGGAAAGAAAGUCCGAUUUCUCUCCCAAACUGUAUAGAAGGCACCCACAGGCGUACUGUACAUCCCCUCUAAUGUAGAGUUGGCCCAAACUGUGUCAGGGGAUAUGCUGAAGCGAGAGCCUGACCUACAAGUUUCAUGACCAUCAACACUGAGCCAAGGAUGGGUAUACAGGGUCUGACCACCGAUCAGCCUCACAGCUGACACAUUCAAACUCUGAUGUGUGAUGGAGUCACUGUGUCCCAUUUUAGAAUACCAGUACGUCACUGGUGUAGAACUGAAUGACAUAAAUCAACUUCUCUGAAGCAAACUGAAGGAAGUCUUUUUUUUUUAAAGGGGAUCAUUAAAGUCGAGGGCUCUCUGAAAGCAGUGCUACAGAGCCUCACAGAAACAUUCCCGACAUGGAGGACAACACAGAGGACUCUAAAGGGAAGCCAGCGCCUUAGCUAACCAAAUCGCAUAGUUUUGCACUGGAAAUGACUUGUGCACUUAAACCCUUCAGUGGGUGGAAAAACUGAAGUGGUGGAGUGAGAGAGUACAGAGCAACAAGUAAAUCUGACAUGUUCAAAAUGAAUGUUUGUCUCCCAGCCUGAAACAAAACGUACAUAUUGAUAAAAAGGCAUCUUUGUCUCCGCAUGUGCCACAAAAAAACUAAAUAAAUAAGUUGUUUUACAUAAUCAUUGUCUUGAUAAAAGUGACUUUUUUCACAGUUUAUUGAUAAUUUAUAUCUAACUGUGCCCUAAAUUGUGCUCUGUGUGAUUAUACUGUAUGGUGACAUAUUUGGGAAUACGGAGCCAUUUACUCCACUGUACAUCAACACUAUCAACUGCCAUAAUUUGCUAACCAUGUGUUUGGGUAAAAGGGUAACACACUUUUUACAAUAAAAUAAACUGAGACAUUUCCC